AUGGCCGAAUCACAAAUUAGACCACUAUUCAAAUCGCACCCUGAUAUCUACCAGCGGUUUCUCAAUCAAUUUGACUAUACAAUAGAUCACCUCAACGACCCAAUUAGAUUGGAAGAGCAUUACUCACUACACUACAUUGAGCUACGGAAAUUCUCUGGAGGCCUCAACAUGGGACAUGAGGAGGCACACAAAGAGGCAUAUAAACGCACAUCGGAUCAGUAUUGGAAAUGGAGGAACCGGGGCAUCAGCAAGGGAUACAUGCAACUGAUGCUCACUCGGCACGAUGAAGCCAUCACGGCGCGCAGUGAGCCAACGUCGGACUAUGAAAUCGAAAGUGACGAUGGUAUGGAUAUCGAUGACGAAGACGUCGCCUUGUCUCCGGUGGAUGAGAUGUUUGGGCUAGAGGUUUACGGUGAGCCUCAGGGAUGGCUACAGAAGUCCCGGAAACGUCUUUUUGAUGAUGAUGAUGACGACGAGGCCAACCACGAUGUGACUAAUAAGCGAGGAAAGUUUACACAUUGGUGA